AUGAUCUUCUUGUUUGAUCUGAAUGAGAACGCGAUGCUGGACGCGCUUCGAUACAGCAACAAAAGCAAGUUCAUCAAUCACGAAAAAGACACGCCGAAUUGCACAGCGAAGGCAGUGAGUGUUUGCGGUGUGCACCACAUCACGACAUGGGCAUUGCGCAACAUCGCGGUCGGUGAGGAGUUGGUUUUCGACUAUGGAUACAAGAAAAAGUGUUGCUCCGGACUAGAGAAACGGCGCCGAAGGGUACCAGAUGAGUUACAGCAAGCGGCGUUUACAGCUCGACUAAAUGGGCAUCGAGGAUAG